UGUAAGUAUAGAUUUGUAUAUCUAUAUAAACUGCUAGAGUUACCCCAAGUCUAUAGCUAACUUGAAAAAAACAAGAAGUUCUCACAUGACCCGAACCACACCAUCCAUGGGUCCCUUUUACUCUCUCUAAGAUAUGGCUAGUGGCUCCGGCAACAACAACAACAACUUCAACAUGGCGAUGGGAGAGCACAUGUUCGACAAAGUGCUAACAACAAGCGACGUCGGGAAACUAAACCGCCUCGUGAUUCCAAAGCAACAUGCAGAAAACUACUUCCCCUUGGAAGAAAUUCAAAACGGCACGAUGUUGGAUUUCCAAGACAGGAACGGCAAGAUGUGGAAGUUUCGUUACUUGUACUGGAGCAGUAGCCAGAGCUACGUGAUGACCAAAGGAUGGGUCCGUUUCGUCAAAGACAAGAACCUUGAAAGCGGAGACACCAUCUCGUUCCACCGUAGCUACGUCCUCGACGAUACCGAACCGGGGAAACGAAUCAAAAAACUGUACGUUGACUGGAGGCAUAGAGCCGACAGGAACCUCGUACACAACAUAAACCACCAUCAUCAUUACCCGCUUUUCAUGCCUCCGACUUAUCCAUCUGCUGGUUACUAUCCUUUGUCGGGAUACUCCAUGCCGCAUUACCAAAGGCUUCCACCUUUUUAUCAUAACCAAUUUCAGGAGAGGGAUUUUUCAGGGUAUGGUUAUGGAGGGCCUGACUACGCAGGAUCACCGUGGGGUCAUCAUCAUCAUUAUCAGUAUGGAAGAUCUGAGCCGUUGGUUUAUAACUCUUAUCCUGUUUACCCGACCACGGGGGUACCUUCGUCUUCCGCCAUAUUACCUCCUCAUCAGCCGCCGCAGGAGGGGACGGCGAAGAAGCUAAGGCUGUUUGGGGUCGAUGUGGAGGAGUCGUCUUCUUCAGGGGAGGCACGUGGCGAAAUGGCUGUUGCUGGGUACUCUUCGUCUUCUCCAGUUGUGAUCAGAGACGAAGAAUCAUCUUCGGCUAUGCAGUUAAGCGAGGAUGAAGAAUAUAAGAGGAAAGGGAAGUCCAUAGACUUUUAGAACAAAGAGUCUCCUAUUCAUCAUUUGUUUCAUCCUUUUAAAAUUAUUAUAAUGUAAUUUGGCAAUUGGGGAAUUUAAAAUGUAGUGAGGAACUUCACCGGGAUUAU